ACUGCAGCGUUUUAGUGAGAGAAAAAAAAAAAGGAAGAAAGAAAUACUCUUAUCUCUCUCCAGCUGCACAGUCUUAACACGAUAGAUUUACUCGACUCUCCCAUUCAAAUCUUUCUUCGGUCCUGCUUUCAAGUCUCUCUCUUUGCACCGCCGUUCACCGAACGACCCGUUUUUGUCCGGCGGGUCGAUGCGAAGAUGCCGGUCUACAACUCCUCCUUCGUGAACACCGAGCUUUCCAAGCCGACCUCCAUCUUCGGCCUCCACCUGUGGGUCGUUAUCGGCAUAUUCCUCGGCUCCCUCAUCGUCGUCGCGCUCUUCCUCCUCUCCCUCUGCCUCACCUCCCGCCGGCGCGGCGGACGGGAGAAGGGCGUCGCCAAGCGCCGCGCAUGCCCCGACGCCGUGGCGCCCGCCGCCGCCGCCACGCCCCCUAUCUCGAAGGAGAUCCUCGAGAUCGUGCCGUCGGAGGCGCCCCACGCGGCUCUGGCCCCGGAGAUCCAGAUCGACAUGGGGAAGGUGGAGCACCGGGUGGUGUACUCCGAUCGGUACUCGAGCGGAGAGAGCAGGGGGACGGAGAGGACCGAGACUGCGUCGCUGGGGAGCGGGAACGUGGGGCCCGAGGUGUCGCACUUGGGGUGGGGGCGGUGGUACACGCUGCGGGAGCUCGAGGAGGCGACGGGUGGGUUGUGUGAGGAGAAUGUGAUCGGCGAAGGUGGAUACGGGAUUGUGUACAGCGGCGUGCUUGGUGAUGGGACGAGAGUCGCCGUGAAGAAUCUCCUGAAUAACAGGGGACAAGCUGAGAAGGAGUUCAAAGUGGAGGUUGAAGUGAUUGGGCGCGUAAGACACAAAAAUCUUGUCAGGCUGCUUGGUUAUUGCGUUGAGGGUGCUUAUAGGAUGCUUGUAUAUGAGUAUGUUGACAAUGGAAAUCUAGACCAGUGGCUUCAUGGGGAUGUAGGCGAGGUCAGCCCUCUUACGUGGAAUAUCCGUAUGAAUAUUAUACUUGGAACCGCAAAGGGAUUGGCGUACCUUCACGACGGUCUUGAACCUAAAGUUGUCCACCGAGAUGUGAAGUCCAGCAACAUACUGCUAGAUCGACAAUGGAAUUGUAAGGUGUCAGAUUUCGGACUUGCAAAGCUCCUUUGUUCUGAAAUGAGUUAUGUCACAACUCGCGUGAUGGGAACAUUUGGUUAUGUAGCACCAGAAUAUGCUUGCACUGGAAUGCUGAAUGAGAAGAGUGAUGUCUACAGUUUUGGAAUACUGAUAAUGGAAAUAAUAACAGGCAGAAGUCCUGUUGAUUAUAGUCGACCAAAGGGCGAGGUGAAUUUGGUUGACUGGUUGAAGGCCAUGGUUGGAGAUCGAAAAGCUGAGGAAGUAGUCGACCCAAAGCUGCCUGAGAUGCCUGCUUCAAAGGCGCUCAAGCGGGUUCUUCUGGUCGCUCUUAGAUGCGUCGACCCUGAUGCAACGAAAAGGCCCAAAAUGGGUCAUGUAAUCCAUAUGCUUGAGGCCGAUGACUUGCUGUUUCAUGAUGAUCGUCAAAUUGGGAGAGAGCCUUCGCACUCAAACCGGGAACUCCAACGGGGUAGCCAUGCUGAUGCGAGGUUAGGAGGUAAAGCUACUAUCGAAGGAGCUUCCGACUCGAGUAGAUGUGAUAGCGAUAGGGACCAUCACCAGCCAACUAGAUGGAGAUAACAAACACAAGAUGCACCCGCAAAGCAAAUGUAGAUACCAUUUUACUCACGAGAUUGUCAUUUAUAUCUGAUUUAUGCAUUAGUUACACCUUUCUGUCUUAUUAUUUGUUUCUCCCCGGUGUACCUGCUAUGAGCAGAGGAUUCUGUUGCUGUAAUUGGAAAACUUCAUUGGCAUCUUCUA